AUGCAUAUAGACCCCAUCUCCAAUAUUUCUGCAUCUACGAAGAACCGGUUUGCAUCAGUCACCUGCACUCCUCCUCGAGAACCUGCAACCCCUAACUCUCCAAUACACUUCCCCUUGAUAAACCGUCCUGAUGUUCCUCUGACGUCAUCAUCGCCUUCCGUUGCACCUCCGCCACACUUUUCCUUCGUGUCACCUACGGAUGUGUUCCAUACUCCGGUCAGGGCACCCCGACGUCGACAACGGACGACGUUCAAUGCUGAGAUGCUCGAUGUCCUCGAAACGGCCUUUGCUCGCACACCUUAUCCUGAUAUCACUCUCCGAGAAGAACUGGCAAGGAUUGUUCAGCUUAACGAGUCGAGAAUACAGACACAUACUGAAGGUGGAGGUGGUUAUAAUAUCUUCAGUGAUAUCAUACCUAGAAUAUGUCUUUUAAUGCCUCAUGAGCCUCCUGUUUAG